AUGUCUCGAAUGUCGAGGCGUGAUGCCUCGUCCUCGCCCUUCGCUUGGACAACUGUACUCUACCUCCUUCUCGUCUUCAUUGCCCCUCUGGCUCUGCUGGGAACUGCACAUGCAGAAGGCGAUCAAGCUCCGUUGAAAGAGGAUUAUGGAACCGUAAUUGGUAUCGAUUUGGGAACUACAUAUUCUUGCGUCGGAGCGAUGCAAAAUGGUAAAGUGGAGAUCUUCGUGAAUGACCAGGGAAACAGAAUCACUCCGUCAUACGUGGCCUUUACCGAUGAUGAGAGGUUGGUUGGUGACGCGGCGAAGAACCAGUAUGCUGCGAAUCCCCAAAGGACCAUUUUUGAUAUCAAACGUUUGAUCGGCCGGAAAUUUGACGACCAAGAUGCCCAAAAGGACAUUAAGCAUUUCCCCUUCCGAGUUGUCAACAAAGAUGGCAAACCGCAGGUUAAGGUAGAGGUUAACGGCAAGGACAAGACCUUCACCCCAGAGGAAGUCUCCGCCAUGAUACUGGGCAAAAUGAAAGAGGUCGCUGAGAACUACCUCGGAAAGACCGUCACCAACGCCGUCGUUACUGUUCCCGCCUACUUCAACGAUAACCAGAGACAGGCUACCAAGGAUGCCGGCACCAUUGCUGGCCUCAACGUUCUCCGUGUCGUCAACGAACCCACCGCCGCCGCUAUCGCAUACGGUCUGGAUAAGACCGGGGACGAGCGCCAGAUCAUCGUCUAUGAUCUCGGUGGAGGUACCUUUGACGUUUCUCUUCUGUCCAUCGACAACGGCGCCUUCGAGGUCCUGGCUACAGCCGGUGACACCCACUUGGGUGGUGAAGAUUUCGACCAACGUGUCAUCAACCACUUCGUGAAGCAGUACAACAAGAAACACAACGUUGAUAUUACCAAGGAUCUCAAGACCAUGGGCAAACUGAAGCGCGAAGUUGAGAAGGCCAAGCGCACUUUGUCCUCCCAGAUGUCCACCCGCAUUGAAAUUGAAGCCUUCCAUGAUGGCAAGGACUUCUCAGAGACCCUGACCCGUGCCAAAUUUGAAGAAUUGAACAUGGAUCUGUUCAAGAAGACCCUCCGACCCGUCGAGCAGGUGCUCAAGGACGCUAAAGUCAAGAAGUCUGAGAUCCACGAUAUCGUUCUCGUUGGUGGCUCAACCCGUAUCCCCAAGGUCCAGGCCCUCCUCGAGGAGUUCUUUGGUGGCAAGAAGGCCAGCAAGGGUAUCAACCCGGAUGAAGCUGUUGCCUUUGGCGCUGCUAUUCAGGGUGGUGUUCUCUCUGGAGACGAAGGGGCCUCCGAGAUCGUCCUCAUGGACGUUAACCCAUUGACUCUCGGCAUCGAAACCACCGGUGGCAUCAUGACCAAGCUAAUUCCCCGCAACACCGUCAUCCCAACCCGCAAGUCUCAGAUCUUCUCAACCGCCGCUGAUAACCAGCCUGUAGUCCUUAUCCAAGUUUACGAGGGCGAACGCCCAUUGACCAAAGACAACAACCUUCUCGGCAAAUUCGAGUUGACUGGCAUCCCACCCGCUCCCCGCGGCGUUCCCCAAAUUGAAGUCUCCUUUGAACUUGACGCCAACGGCAUCCUCAAGGUAACCGCGGGUGAUAAGGGCACCGGCAAAGCGGAGUCUAUUACCAUCACUAACGACAAGGGCCGCUUGUCGCAAGAAGAGAUUGACCGUAUGGUCGCUGAGGCGGCUGAAUUUGCUGAGGAGGAUAAGGCGAUGAAGGCGAAGAUUGACGCACGAAAUACGCUGGAGAAUUAUGCCUUCAGCCUUAAGAAUCAGGUGCAGGAUGAGGAGGGACUUGGUGGGAAGAUCGAUAAAGAAGAUAAGGAGACGAUCUUGGAAGCUGUCAAGGAAACCACUGACUGGCUUGAGGAGAACGCCGCGAAAGCCACGACUGAGGACUUCGAGGAGCAGAAGGAGAAACUGUCCAACGUUGCAUAUCCAAUUACUAGCAAGUUGUACGGCAGUGGUGCAGGUGGGGCACCUGGUGGUGAUGACGAUGAACCCAGCGGACAUGAUGAACUGUAA